GCUCUACGUCACUUCUGGGCGCCGGGGCGGGGCCCGAACCCGCGCGCCUGCGUUGGGGAGGUGGCCGUGGUGCAGGCUGAGCCCGCACCAUGAGCGAGGCGGACGGGCUGCGGCAGCGCCGGCCCCUGCGGCCGCAGGUGGUCACAGACAAUGGCCAGGCCCCGGAGGCCAAGGACGGCAGCUCCUUUAGCGGCAGGGUCUUCCGAGUGACCUUCUGGAUGCUGGCCGUUUCCCUCGCCGUCCCCCUGCUUGGAGCCAUGAUGCUGCUGGACUCUCCUAUAGACCCACAGCCUCUCAGCUUCAAAGAACCUCCGCUCUUGCUUGGUGUUCUGCAUCCAAAUACGAAGUUGCGACAGGCAGAAAGGCUGUUUGAGAAUCAGCUUAUUGGACCAGAGUCCAUAGCACAUAUUGGGGAUACGAUGUUUACCGGGACAGCAGAUGGCCGGGUCGUAAAACUCGAAAAUGGUGAAGUGGAGACCAUCGCCCGGUUUGGUUCGGGCCUGUGCAAAACCCGAGACCACGAGCCUGCCUGUGGGAGGCCCCUCGGCAUCCGGGCUGGGCCUAAUGGGACUCUCUUUGUGGCAGAUGCAUACAAGGGACUGUUUGAAGUAAAUCCCUGGACACGUGAAGUGAAGCUGCUGCUGUCCUCUGAGACCCCUGUGGAGGGAAAGAUGAUGUCCUUUGUGAAUGAUCUUACAGUCACUCAGGACGGGAGGAAGAUUUACUUCACGGACUCCAGCAGCAAGUGGCAGCGACGAGACUAUCUGCUCCUGGUCAUGGAGGGCACUGAUGAUGGGCGCCUGCUGGAGUAUGACACCGUGACCAAGGAAGUGAAGGUCUUAAUGGACCAGCUGCAGUUCCCUAAUGGAGUCCAGCUGUCUCCCGCGGAAGACUUUGUUCUGGUGGCAGAAACAACCAUGGCUAGAAUUCGGAGAGUCUAUGUUUCCGGCCUGAUGAAGGGAGGGGCCGACCUGUUCGUAGAGAACAUGCCCGGAUUUCCAGACAACAUCCGCCCCAGCAGCUCCGGUGGGUAUUGGGUGGGCAUGUCGACCAUCCGCCCCAACCCCGGCUUCUCCAUGCUCGACUUCUUAUCCGAGAGACCCUUUAUUAAGAGGAUGAUUUUUAAGCUGUUUAGUCAGGAGACGGUGAUGAAGUUUGUGCCACGGUACAGCCUCGUCCUAGAACUCAGUGACAAUGGCGCCUUCCGGAGAAGCCUGCACGACCCUGACGGGGUGGUGGCCACCUACAUCAGUGAGGUGCAUGAGCACGAUGGGUACCUAUACCUGGGCUCCUUCAGGUCCCCCUUCCUCUGCAGACUCAGCCUCCAGGCUGUGUAGCUAGCCGGGGGCUACCCUGCUGUGCCUGCAGGAGCCAUUACACUCGCGUGCCAAGCCAGCCCGGGAGGAGCCGGGAACACAUCCUUGGACACAGCCAUGGAGCCUGUGUCCACCGGCACCUGCUGGUCCUCAGGGUGUGGCAGGAAUGGCUGCUGUACCCCCGAGGAUGUGUGUGACCCUGGGGCAUCCCUCUCCUGGGCCUUUGUUCAGAGGGAAGUGUAACAUACCUACUGUGGGGAAGAUACAUUCACGUAAAGCCAUUUUCUGUUAAAAAAAAAAAAAAAAAAAAAGCUUUCUAAGUACAAUCACCCUGGAGGACUUGGGAAGUGUCCUGCACUUUUUCCAGGGCUCAGGGUUUGGUGGGCGGAGCCUUGGGUGAGCUGCCCUGGGAUCUUGCUGGGCUGGCUGUGUCCUUCUGGCUACAAAGUGGGUGAUGCCUUUCUUGAGGGACGUGAAGGGCAGGGAGCACAGCACAUGUGGGUUGAGACCAGGGAGCCAUGUUGUCAAGGGUAUGUGGACAUGGCCCGUGGUCCCUGGGUGGUCCCUCCAUGGUGUGUGGGAACAACCCUUUGAUUCCAGCACCCAGAGGGGACUUGGCUGCAUCCUUUACCUAAGUACCUGCUACAUGGAAUUGGGUGACCUAGCGGCUCAGGGUCUGCCAUGGGUGUGCUUAGGAGUAUCCUGGGGUUGCCUUGUUUACCUUUUGGUCCCCAGUGUGAACAGUGCAUGUGUAAUGUUAUAUUUUCUCAUGUCAUAAGCCACACAUUGCUGUGUGUUUUCACAUGUAUGUCUACACACUGGUCGUAAUUUUGAUAAUAAAUAAUGAUAACCCAACUUCUGUUGAUGAAGUAUU